CACAUGGAACCUGGAGACGCUCUUAAAGCUGCCAACUUGGAUUUCUGUGAUUGGGCGAAAAUAUCAAGUUUGGGGCGGAGUUGUGUACCUGGUAUCUCUCAGAACCCACUUCUUCCUUCCAUUCUCAGGUGUUUGACGUUCAUUUAUCCAUUGCAAAUGCGUUCGACUAGCUCAGGCUCGUCGGGUCAGCUCAACAUCCAAGGCGGUGUGAUUGCCAUCUGCGUGCUCUGUGUGAUCGCUGGAAUGUGUGCAAUCGGAGUUUGUGCACACUAUAUUUGGAGAAGCCACAAAAAAGACCGGGAACGAGCGCUCUCGGCCAAGAUUCUCCUGGACCGGGCCAUGCAACGGAGCGUAUCGACCGUCGAACCUGCUAAUGACAAGCCGCCACCGUACGACUAUCACAACGAUCCCCGACGGUCCCGCAUUGGAUAG